AAACCAUCAGCGUUCCAACGAUAUUCUCUUCCAGGAAAGAUGUCAAAGUUCGCGGAUGCGUGCGUAGUCUGCGGUGAUCGCUCAACCGGAUACCAUUAUGAGGUAUCAAGUUGUAAUGGAUGCAAAACUUUCUUCCGACGUACUAUCGUAUCGCGUCGCACUUAUAAGUGUCACAAGAAUGGUAACUGCGUCUUCAACAAAGACAUCCGAUGUGCUUGUCGUGCAUGUCGUUUCGCAAAAUGUAUAGCGGUUGGUAUGAACCCAAAAGCAAUCCAGUGUAAUCGCACCAGUCGUAUUGCUUCACCAAGUAGUUAUCCACCGCCGAGUCCACCUCAGGAUCCUACAGCAGCCACUUCGUUGGCAUACUCACUUUCGAACGCCACCGUAAUCUGCAACGCCAAUUCGGCUGUAUCACUUGACGAUAAAACACAUCCAGCGCUUGCCGCAUGUUCGAGUGCAUCGAGCAGUCCGAAUUCAGAGCGAAGUGCCUAUAAAAGAGCUUAUACAGUAUCUGCACUCCUCGAUCUACCGCAGUACGUUACCACACCUCUCUCAACCAAAGAUAACCAAAGGUAUAUCUAUUUUGCUUAUAAUAACUACCAGUCAAUGAAAGACGCAUCGUCGGAUCUGUGUGAGGAAAUGUCAAACAAACGAGCAAAAAGUGAUCGAUCUGAUAAGAUAUUUCAGAUGAUAACUCGUCUGUUGAAUCUUCAAGAAAAUUUCUCAAAGCUUCGCUGUAGUAACUAUACGGCAGUUGACUCAAUGCUUGAUUUGCUCACACGGCCGUGUGCUAUUGAUCGCGCUAGCGAUUACACGACAACUGAACAGAGCACAAAUUCGGGAUUGGGUGCAGUAGAGCAAUUGAACCUGGAUAUUGCUUACACAGUUGAAUAUGCGAAAUCGUUUGACGUCUUCAUGAAAAUGCCUCUCGAAGAUAAGGUAAUUGAACAACUGCAACAAAAUGUCGACUUUUCAGCCUUGACGUUUUCAACCUUAGCACCCAUGACGUUUUCUUGGAAAUCGGAUUAA